AUUACAGACUCAAAUUAAACCCCCCUCCUCCUCCUCCUCCACCUCCCAACACACACACAAAAGAAAACCGAGGAGCUAUAUUUGUCCAAAGAGGAGUCUAGGAGAUCAGUCAGCGGAGGAGAGCAGCGAAGUUAUUUAGGUACACCAGAAGCAGGGGCAGCCAGCCGGGCGAUCUGAGUGUUUCCUGGCUUUGAUGCGACCCGAGUGUGCCUGGAGCAUGUCCACAGUGGGCCUGACUGCCCAGGAGAUCUCUUUUCCCAUAGAAAACCCCUUCCUGAGGGGCAGCUACUGUCACAGCAUGGCUGGAUCCAAACCCUCUUGGAGCUAUCACAAUGAGCUGAACAACAUCUACUUCAGUAUGGACACUGCACACACAGAUCACAGUCCUCGUGCCCAGAAAAAGGGGCCACCUCCACCGUCUCUAAUUUAUGAAAGACAUAAACACAGUCCCAGCUCACAGAGAUUGCCCCCAAAGAAAUCCCGGCCCUCCCAUCUCUCACUGUCUUGCAGCGCUGAACCGUCCACCCCAAGUCCUGCUGAUGAUGACCAGGUAGUCCCCUCAUUCAAGAGGCUCUCAGUGUACGAGUGCAGCAGUCCACCACAGACACCAGGGAGAUGCUCCAAGCCUCUGCCCCCCAUCCCUCCACAAACAGACAUCUCCACUGAACAGGCUAUGGACAAUGAGGUAGAAUUUUUCACGAGUUCGGACGACAGCUGUGCCCUGGUGUCUGAUCCUAAAUCGUCUCCCUUUCGAUAUGGAGUGCCCAGUCGAAGGAGCUUCAGGGACUGUGGGCAAAUUAACUAUGCUUACUAUGAUGGUCCAUUAGGACCACAAAGCCCAAGGCAGUCCCAACAGCAGCAUCAGGCACAUCUGUCACAGGAAGUGCGGGAAGAGUAUGAGCAACCACGACAGGAACCACCUGAGCAAGUGGUCUGUCAGAGACAGCAGGACAAAGCUCAGAGGAGGCUGCGGCGCUCACACUCUGGCCCAGCUGGAUCCUUUAACAAGCCCUCAUUGUUGCGCCUCACGUGCCACAAACGUCACACCAACAGUAUGGAUAAGCCUGAAGUGCCACCCCCUAUCCCUCCACGAACAAUCAAGACAGGAGACUACCGCCGCUGGUCAGCAGAGGUCUCGUCAGGGGCUUACAGCGAUGAGGAUAAACCACCCAAGGUACCCCCAAGGGAACCUUUGUCCAGAGGCAGCUCCCGCACCCCCAGCCCCAAGAGCCUCCCAACAUACAUUAACGGAGUGAUGCCCCCAACCCAAAGCUUUGCACCAGAUCCUAAGUAUGUAAGCUGUCGUUUACAGAGACAGAACAGUGAAGGCUCCCCCUGUAUCCUUCCUGUUAUGGAGAAGGGCAAGAAGGCCAGCGGCACACAUUACUAUCUCCUGCCUCAGCGGCCUGCUUUCGUGGACUCACCUUGUGUAGAGAAAUUUCUUCGCUCUGCAGCUCGCAAUACAGAUGUAUCAGACUCAGACUGGGACUGCCACACCAGGAGGAAAGCACAUGUGGAUUUAGUUUGAAAAGGUUUAGUGGAAGUAGCAAAGGACUCUACUGUAAAUGAGCAAAAACCACUUGAAAAAAUGGUGAAACUGGACGCUAACAACCCUCAAACUGCUGCUUUUACUUAAAAAAAACCCCUCAUGUAUUCCAAACACACAGGGUAUGAGCGCACUGUAUUCAGUUACUGGUAAUGUUGGCAUAGCUAUCACAACCGAGAUACUUUACGUAAAAACUGUAUCUCUGACUAUAGAUUGUGGGCAAAAUUCAACAUUGUAGAGCUUAUUUUUUAUAUAAUUUUUAUUUCAUGACAUUCAAUAUUGUUCUGUUUUUGCUGACGACGUGGUACAGUCAGAAGGUACAAGCGGGCCUUGAACCUCAUGUGCUCAGUGUUUUCUGUGUGUGGAAGGUUGAGGAGGUUCUGUGAGAUACGUUGAUGCUGCUUUUGUAUCUCACAAGGGACAAAGGGUCAGUAAUGUAACCAUGUAUCACUUAAUAUAUGAAGUCUAAAUACAAGGCCAAUUAAUUUUUUUAACAAAAAUGAAGGAUGCUAGCACACAAAUCUCCAUUCUGUUUGCUAUUGUAUAUCAACACUGAUAUGGUUUCCCUGCCGUGAUGAAGUUUGAGUCUUACUCAGGCCACCUAUCUGUGUAAAUUUGUGUUUCCCACAUGGCACGUUGUUAUGGUACAUUAUGUACUAAGAGGUGGGUACAUUACUGGUAGCUAUGCAUGUUUCCAUUGGAAUGUCUAGCGCAGCUUUUAUGGUGUAGUUGUCUGUUGAUUAGUGUGUGUGUGUGUGUAUGUAUGUAUGUGCGUGGACGUGUUUGUGCAUACGUGCAUGUGAACAGCAGUUGGAAAAGUGUUCUGGUGAUAAAAUUACUUUCUACAAUUUGUAGGAAAUUGUCAACCAUACUUGUUACUGUGCUCUGCUUAUUUGCAGUGCCUGCUUUUGAGUACAGCCCUCUAAAAAAUGUACACAUCGAUUGCUUUCUUUCAGUGUCCAGGUCUGUUUUGUUGCACGGAAAUUGGCCUGUUGAACAUUAAGUGAAUGUAUGAUAUUCUUGCUGAAAUUCCAUCAAACAGUUGGAGAAGCUUAUUUUUGGUCAAGCUGUGAGUUAUUGCUUGGAACUAAUUUGCCUUAAGGACUACCUCCCUUUGAUAUUAAUCCUAUAUUUCACAUACUCCCCAUUAAUAAAGGCAAAAUUGGAAAUUAUAAUCAAAAAAAGAUGAGGUAACCAGUUUCAAAUUUUUAAUUCAGUUACCCUUCAGUUCAGAGUAACACAAAGUCAAUUCUAACCGUAUAUCCUUAAAUAGAGAUUAUAGAUCACGCAGAUCUUAGAUACAGAGAUGUUAGGCUAACCUGUUAAUACAGACGCAUUACAAAGACAGUGCAGGGUUUACCUACCUGACACAGACUUUCCUGUUCUGCUCAUGCAUUCCUGCCUUACAUGAUUGCAGUGGGUGUGGUCUGAGAGACUUUGGCUGCUGGCAGCCUGGAAAAUAUAUGAAUUUUAUUGUUGUAGAUUAUUCAUAAAGCAUUGAAAUGAUAUAGUAAAUGUAGCACAUGUAUUGAAGUAACCCUUGGUAUUGAACACGGUGUUCAGUUUGGGAAACAGAUAACUGCUAAGGUCAAACGGUCAUUGAAAUAUACUUUUUCUCUCCCUUCUGCUCACAAAACCUUGCCAACACAAUGUUGACUUAAAUGUCUGAAAAAAUGUUUACAUCAUACACUGAUACUAUUUAAUCUUAAGGUAUUCAUAUGUCUUAUUAGAAAUAAUAAAACUGAAUGAAGACUGGUUUAUCAAGAAAUAACUUCUCUGCUGUGGUGAAGACAUGCACUGGGAGAGUACAGUAUGCUGUGUACAGUAUUUAACAAUUCCAUUUGUUGUUAUGAAUAGUUGAUAAGUAUAUAGUCUUUAAAAAGAAAGCAAAAUAAAAAUGACUUAUUUAUGAA